GCACCUCCUCUCCUCAUCCUCUAAACCCUCUAUUCUGUCAGCAGUAAGCUCACUUUCCAAGUUACAGACCAUUCUCAGCACACACUGACAACAUGCUGGGGAGCCUCUGCACUCUCAUCACUGCUCUAACAUGUGUGAGUGGUGUGACGGUGGUGACACAGAAGCCUCCUGUUCUGACUGUGAGGAAAGGAGAGACAGCCACCAUGGACUGUAACCUGGGAACUGUUACUGGUAGUGCUGCUCGCUGGUAUAAACAGAUUCCAGGUGGAGCUCCUCAGUUUGUGCUCUAUUUUUACCACACCAACACUUCUCCAGCAUAUGGUUCUGGGUUCUCUUCUCCUAAAUUCACGUCUAAUCACCAGUCAACAUCUGAUUAUCGUUUCAUCAUCAACAAUGUAGAGGAAGGAGACUCUGCAGUUUAUUACUGUCAAACAUGGGAUAGCUCUGCUAGUGAGCACGUAUUCGGACAAGGAACCAAGCUGAUUGUAACAAGCUCCAGUCUCUCUGCUCCUGUCCUGACAGUCUUCCCUCCGUCCAGUUCUGAGCUCCAGUCCAGCAAAGUCACUCUGGUCUGUCUGUCCAGUCAGUCUGGGCCUUUUUCAGAUGUGAGCUGGUUGCUUGCUGGGAGUCCAGUAAGCAGUGGGAUCUCUACCAGCACUGCUGUUCAGAGACCAGACCAGACUUUCCAGAUCAGCAGCUCUCUGACCAUCCAGACAUCAGACUGGAACAUGAAUAAGGUUUACACAUGUAAAGUGUCUUUGGGCUCCCAGACUGCAGAGAAAACCAUCAACAAGUCUGAAUGUCCUGCUGAUGAAUAGAAGAGGACCACAACCAUCAUUAAAACCUGCUUCUUUACUCUUUGCUCUGUCUACUGGUCUCAACCUUUAGAUAAUAGAAAAGAUGUGUCUGCAUGCUGCUAAUCAGCUUUGUUCAGAAUAAGGUUUUGUACAGAAUUACCUUUUUCUUUCAUUUAUUAAACAAACAUUUUACUGCAAACAAAAUAAGCAUGUUUGUGUGUGUUUAUGUUUCCUUUUUUCAUCAUAAAGGUGAUAAUUAUAACGUGAUGUUUAAAUGGUUUGAUGUUUGUUCCACUGACAAUCAGAGAUGUAAAAUAGAAAAAGCACAUUAUUCAUGCAUUACUGUUACUUCCUCUGUUGCUCUUCUCAGAUUAAAUUAAGCUC